UGAUCAUGACGGAGCAAAUGUGACAUCGCCAUUGUGUAUUCACUUGCUGCAUAUGAAAUAAGAUAAAAACAAACUCCAACACCUUGACUUCUUGAGUGCGAUCGUGGCUGUCCAAAAAAGAAAAAAAUGGCAUCUUCGAGUCCAAAAAAUGCUUUGAUUGAUGAAUACCAAGAGCUCUUGACCUGUAUUAUGUGCACUGAGACAUUCAAAAAUGCCAAAUCCCUUAGCUGUGGACACUCCUACUGUAAGAACUGUCUGAAAACGUGGAUCGAGAAAAAUAAGGAGAAAAGAAAUGAAACAUUUCCAUGUCCAAUAUGCAACGCAAAACAUGAAAUUCCAAAGAAUGGUGUUGAUGACUACCAUACUAAUAUUACCAUCAAUUCUAUGGUUGAAAUCCUCGAAAACCAACUUUCACGCGAUAAGAACUCGAAGGCUAAUUGCGAUAUUUGUGCCCAGGAAGGUGAUGAUGUGCCAGCCAUAUCACGUUGUGUUGAAUGUGCUGAAAACCUAUGCCAGGCAUGUAACAAGUCGCAUAAGCGGUCUCAAGGUACCCGAUCCCACAACAUGUAUGAUUUGACUGGAGAUCCAGAGAAAGAUGCAAGACUAGCGCUGGACAACUAUGUCAAACGCAACAUACAAUGCCCGAAGCAUCAGGAUCAGCCAUUAAAGUUUUUCUGUUCAAAAGAUAAAGCAAUCGUAUGCACACAUUGCUGUAUCACGGAACAUCCGGGGCAUGCUUGCCAAGCCAUCGAAGAAGCAGCUGAUAAAGAGAAACGAAACAUUUCUGCCCUAUUUGGACUAGCCAAUCAGAGAAAGGAAUUGUUCGAGAAGUUCAUCCAGGAUUCAAGUGACAAUCUCCAAUCAUAUGAGGAAAAUAGACAGUCUCUACUCAAAGAGAUUGAUACAGAUCAUGCUGCAAAAUGUAAAGAACUGGAUGAACAUUUUGCAAAGCUUCAUAAAGAACUAGAUGAACAGUUGGCGAGGCGACGUAAAGAACAAAAUGAGAAUCAUACAAAACUUCGAAAUGAAGCUAAAGCUGUAGCUAAUGAGAAAACAAAGAAGAUUCAAGCCAAGCAAGACCAGCAUGAGUUAGAAAAGGGAAUUGCUGAAAGUACCCUUCUUCACCUUACAGCUCUUAUAAAACACGGUCAUCCUGUUGACAUCAUGAAUUCAAGCACUGAUACAGCGAAGAAGCUCCAAGAUUGGGGAAGAAUACCUGAAGAAGAUGAGGACCCUGUUGACAAAUACACGUAUCAACCUGGAACAUUUGAUACUGCUAACAUGGUGAAAUUACAGCAUGGAAUCAUUCCUGAAACCCUAGAUAAAGGGUGCAUAGUGAAGAAAACUAGAUAUUGUGAUCCCAAGGUAACAAGAAAAGUUAAACUAGGUGACAAGAAUCAAGGUGUAAAGGAAAUAUAUGGUGCCACAAAAGGGUACAACAAUACCAUUGUAUUAUGCCAUGAGUCACCAGAUGGUAUGUCUAGCUAUACUGCAGACACCUUCACCAAACAGCACACAGCCAAUGGUGGUUUCAAUGAUGUAUGUUGUAUGCAGGGUAACUUAUAUGCAGCUAUUGAUUGCAAUAACAAAUGUAUCAGUAUUUACAACCACAACCUUGUCCACCAGAAGAACAUAGGAAAAUUCCAAAGACCAUGUGGUAUAUGUGAAGCACCAGGUAAAGGACUGCUAGUUGUUGACAACACUGACAAGUGUGUUUAUCUUGUUGAUUACAAUGAUGGAAAGAUACUAGCUACUAUUGGCAAGGGUCACCUCACAGAUCCACUCUUUGUUACAAUAAACAGUAAUAGUACUGUAUUUAUAUCAGAUUAUGGUGCACAUUGUGUGAAAGGAUUCACAAUGCAGGGAGAAGAAGUCAAUAAGUAUGGUACACAAGGUGGAGGACCUGACCAGCUGAAUGUUCCAAGUUGUGUCUGCAUUGAUCCUGAUAACAACCUUAUCAUUGCUGACCAACACAACCAUAGAGUUGUAUUAGUUGACGAGAAUUGUAAGUUCAUCAAGUACUUGCUUGAACCUGAGGAUGGUAUGAAGUAUCCACAAAGUGUUAUAAUAAACAAUGAAGGUGAUCUUACUGUUGGAGCAGAGAGCAGUGGAGACCUGUUUGUCAUCAGGUAUAAGCAGUAAUUGAACAAUGAAUAUCAACAUGGAUACGAAUAGCUAUAGGACUGAUAUAUGAAUUGUUAACAUGGAUACAAACAGCCAUAUGAAAUGUUAACAUGGAUAUGACCUCAGCAUUGAUACACAGACUAUGAAUAGAUAACAAUAAACUAAUCAAAAGCAACAAUCAAAACAGUAAUUUACAGUAAUAUGAUACAAUCUGAAUAUCU